UCAACGAAAGCGCACGUGCGACUGCCCCGCCCCUUUUAGCUGCCUCCCAAAAGCGCGAACGAAUUUUUGGCGCGCAUUCUUGUGAACAUUCAAUUGCAUCAAUUAUUGGCAUUUUUUUCUAGUGUUUUUACAAGUUUUUUUUUUCGGUUGAGGUUGCAUGUGUGUGUGAUUAUCGAAAUUAUUAUUGUAAUCGUAGAUGUAACUUUGCCGGUGAGUGUGUGGCUAAUUGCAGGGCGCACUUGAAAUAUUCAUGGGGCAAGUGCAGCGACAAAGGGCUGAAUAAUUCACCAGAACUACUUGUGUUUUUUUUUGUUCAUACCGCCUUGCGGGUGUUCGAGUUUCUGGCCAGGAGGUAAAAACAAAAAGCCGGCGAUCCGACGAACAUGUAAAUCGAAGCUCAAAUGGCAGCGAGCAACAAGCCCCGGUACAGGUACAAGUCCCACGGCGCCGCCCUGGAGUGCCUCCUGCACCUCGUUCUGUUCACCAGAGUUGUGCAUCUGGAGGUUUUUGCCGAGGAGGUAACCACUACAGCAAGUCUGUCUGAAGAAUGGGGCUCUGGAUGGCGGGGCACCAAUUUCCUAGUCGAGGUCGAACAAACCGCUCCCAUUUCGCCGCCCUCAUCGUCCUCGGCCUCCUCGAAUGGCAGCGAGGAUUAUAUCGGGGAACUGGGCAGCCAGGAGGACCAGGAGGGAUUCACAACAGGUGCCACAACAGGAGCCUCCAAUGCCACCACCGUGGAAACAGGACCAAAGAUCAUUGUGCGCACCGAGGAGGUCCUGAUUGUGGGCCUGGUCCUGGUGCUCUGGGUGGGCGCCAUCAUGCUGUUCUUCAACCGAUGGGGCAAGAUCCGGAUGCUGGAGCCGUAUCAGCCCAAGUUCCAGCAGCAGCACCGCAGUUCCUGUCCACUGGUCGAUUUGGAUGCAGUCACCACGCACCAGCGCUCCUCCGUGUCGCGAAUGUCGAUGGGCAUGGUGCACAAUCUCAAUAUGCCGACGUGUCAAUUUGCGGCCUAUAAUCCCAACAUGUAUGCCAAGGGUUACGCCUCGCAUGUUUCGGCGUCGCGUCCCCGCCAGAACUCGGUGUUUGUGGGGGCCACCACCAGUCACUACUUAAUGCCGAGGCCUCCGAGGAAGACCCGGUCGGCGAUGGACCUGCACUCCAUGGUUCUGGACGAGAGCGCCGAGCAGGUGUAGAACUCCAGGGGGAGUCCCAUGGUUAGGUUUCCAUGGGAGACAGUCAGUGUGUAAGUCGUCGAGGUGUGAGUGCGCGUGUGAGGUCCAUGUUCUUCGAGUGUUUUAAAUGAAAUGUCGCAGGAGGGCACGCAAGUCCCAAAUGGUCUGAAAUCACCUGGUAAGGCGCCCAAGAGUAUGCUACAAAAUAUUUCCUAACGUUCAACUUUUCACAGCAUACUUUUAAGCGCCUUCUCAAUUGCUUUUAAGUCCUUACCGAUUUCUGGGGUCUAAAAUAUAAUUUAUAAGAAUUUAUAGAAAUUCUUAUUUGAGAGUUUUGAAAGCGCUAGUCCGCGUGCCUAAAAGCAGGCAAUACAAUUUUUCCCAUUAGCUGUGUAAGCAAACAAUAAAAGCAUACUUUUUGACAGCCACGCCGGCGAUUUUAAAACUCAAAUGAUUUUCAAAGACAAACAAAUACAAGAAAUUUUGGAAAAAAUAUUUUAAGCACUAGAAGAAAGUGGAUUGAGUGGUAGUAAAAAUGCGGUUAUUCUUUUAUAUUCGGGUGUCUGCAAUUGAGGGAGCAAGAAAUGAUAGGUGGAUUAGCACUGUCCAAUAUUUGCAACUACUUAUAUUUACCACUCACAACUAACUCUAUGCCAUUUCCUAACUCUCUCUGUCGCACACAUAUUUAUUUCUGUGCUGGCACAGAGUCAAUUUGAGUCAAUUUUAUUUAGGACCACCAAACACAACAAAUUAUCAGCUAAAUAUACCGAAAAUAUGUAGAAGUAUCUAUCUUAGCGUAUUCUUAGCCCUAUCCAGUGUUACUCAACGUAGUCUAUACCUAACCCGAUUAUUCUAGCGUGUUUCUCCUACUACACAAUAUUGGAUGCCAGAGCAAAUUGUUAAAUAAACAUAUGUAUACACGUAAAGUAAAUAAAUGUAUCCGCGAAACUAUUUAGUUUGUAAGCCCAAAGCUCAAAAUCCGAUCAGCAUACAACUCCAAACUUGACCAAAGUUUCAGAAUCUACAUGUUUUCUCAGCACCUCUGUAUUGCACUUUUAAAUGUAUCGUAACUUAAGUAAUUUCGACCAACAAAACAAGAAAAUUAUGGAAAUUGUAUGCAGAUGGAGCGGAAAACGAGGGUAGGGGAUAAAAAAUAAUAGAAUGGUGUGGAAAAUGAACAACUAACUAACGAAAGCUUUAAAUUCCUUGGGUCUCCUGGGGACCUGCAAAACCAAAAACCCAUCCAGAUCGAAGUAAACUAAACCAAAGCUGAGAAUUAUACUUUAGACCUAAGAUAACUACAGAUGUGUGUAAGUCUCUACCAAAAAAGUCUAGUGGCAAAUAUGUGGAUCAAUGUACACUUUACCAAAACUAUAGAAUUAUAACCUCAACUUAACGAUAACUCACACAGUCAGACAGUUUUCCUCACAACUCAGAAAACAAAAGAAAAACGAAUUGUUGAAUAUUAAUGUUUAAUUAACUUGUUUACAAUAUUUACAAGGCCUGAGCAAAACCAAUUAUAUAUACACUUGUGUAAUAUAUCAAAAACUAAACUAUGUAUACAUAAAAUAUAUAUACAUGUAUGUAUAAAACCA